GCGGCAUUUGAUCUGCCAAGCAGCGCAGGGGAAGCUGAGCCGCAGCCGUGGAAAUCAUCUCGUCCUCGACGCAGCUGCUGCUUCUUCCUCUCCUCGUUGUCUGAUAUCUCGGUCUGCCGCCUCUUCUGCUGCCUGUCUGCCGCUCAAUCAGCUGCUCUGUCCACCAUGCAGGCUCUAUCGGGGAUCCUUUCCCUGCUCAUGCUCUCCCUGCUCAUGCUCGUCGCUUCGUUUGCGUCCGGCAUGCUCCCCCUCGUCGUCUCCCUCUCGCCCGACCGUCUGCGCGCGGUCUCUACCGUCGGCAUGGGUGUUCUCAUGGGCACCUCGCUCAUCGUCAUCAUCCCCGAAGGCGUCGAGACCCUCUACUCCGUCCCCCGGCCGCGUCACCGGCGGCCAAAGAUACCCUCGGGCCUUGGCAGCAUCGUCCCACCGCUGGACCACAACCCGUUCAACUCUGGCAACGCAAAGGACGGCGCCGAUGGCGAGGUAGAAGGGCGGGACCCCGUCAAGCGAGGCGUCAGUGCUGCGCUCGAGACAAUUGGUCUCCGAAUCAGGGAAACGCCGCCCCAUCACGACCAGGACGAUCCGGCGACCAAGCCUCUCGAUGGUGAAGAUGACGAGGACGAUGAAGACAAGAACGACAGCGAUGACCUCGAGCCUAGUGAUGGCAAGUCCUCUGAGGAUAGUGACAGUGACGAUGACGACGACGACGACGACGACGAAGAUACAGAGGACGGAGCUCCCAGCAUUCCUGGUAACCCCAGACCACCUUCCAGCCGCCCGUCGGCCAGCGACUCUACGCACAAAUACGUCGGCAUCGCGCUCAUAUCUGGGUUUAUAAUGAUGUACCUAAUCGACAAGCUGCCCGCGAUCCUCGGUGGCAACGGGAUGGCGGCGCACCUCCAUCACCGCCGCAGUAUAGACGACGUAGCCGAGCUGCAGACGUUCUCCUCCUCGUCUGGCGCAACCUCGGGUCUGUCCCCAGAAGAAGGGCUUGGCAUGGCCUCGCUAUCUAGCCGAAGCAGUCCACCGCCCUCGGUCGGUCCUCUUAUCUCGGGCCUCGUCAUCCACGCUGCGGCGGAUGGUAUCGCGCUCGGAGCGUCGGCGGCGUCGAGUAGCGUUGCGCUUGAGACGAUAGUCUUCUUUGCUAUCUUGAUCCACAAGGCGCCCGCCGCGUUCGGCUUGUCUGCUGUUUUGCUACGGAACGGAAUCUCGCGCGGCGCGGUCAAGAAGCAUCUAUUUAUUUUCUCGAUCGCGGCGCCAAUCGGUGCGGUCGUGACCUGGAUGAUAAUCAUGAUGAUUGGUUCCAACAGCGGCGACGCGACGAUCCAGUGGUGGACCGGUAUUAUUCUACUGUUCAGCGGUGGUACGUUCUUAUAUGUCGCCGUGCAUGUCAUGAAUGACAGCGAGGCCGAGGGAAAGAGCUCUGAUCAGGUUGUGGCAUUGAAAGAUGCGAUGUUUGCGGUGGCGGGCAUGUUGAUUCCGCUAGUUACGUUGACGGUGAAGGAUGUGUGAUUGUGUCCCUUUAUGCUAUGUUACAGAUAACCAAUAAACAAUAAACA